GACGACUUUGUUCUUGAAAAUGGUACGAAGAUCAUUGAUACUUUAGGUGGUGAUUUUCAUCUGGAAAAUGGCUUGAACGAUACUUUAGGCGACGAUGAUUCUCGUCUGGGAAAUGGUUUGAACGAUACAUUGGGUGAUGAUUUUCGUCUGGGAGAUGGAAAGACCACCUUGAAUGGCACCAUAGACGAAGAUGGCAUUGAUCCAGAGGAUGAGAUUUCUUUGAAGGACUCGUUGGAAAUGGAUCGUGACUCAAUCAUUGAUACAGCAGUGAGAAAUUAUAUUGAGAGCACUGAUGACGGGCUUCAGGAGCUGGAAGAAGCUUCCAGAGCUAAUGAUUCGAUGAAGCAUGAUGGGAAUGGAGAUGUCGUUCAAAGUAUUGAUAGAAAGGAAGAAAAUGUUUCUAAGGAAACUCCUUCAGCUGCUGGAUCGCCGUCUAGUUUGCUCUCCCACUCUUUUCCUCCACAAAAUCCAGUACCAAGUCGAAGCACUUCUACAGAAUCACCUCCUCCAAAUGUAACAAUGGGGAAAGAGUCCAACAAUUUACUGCUGAAAAGUGAAAAUCCCAGCAUUCCGAAUGCAGAUCAUUCCAGAAGAACGAAAGAAAGAAUUAGUGAACCAGAACCUGCAGUACUAACAAUAUCUAAAAUGAGCAAUAUGCUCGUGCAGAGUCAUCUCUCGUACCAACCACCGAAGAUUCAAUGGUCUUCACCUGCAGAUAGUGAACUACGAAAUGCAAAAGCCCUAAUCGAGAAUGCUCCCUUGAUAGAAAAUGAUCCUCAGUUUGAUGUUAGCUUGUUUCGCAACUUCUCUGCUUUCAAAAGGAGCUAUGAGUUGAUGGAGGAGACUCUCAAGGUUUACAUCUACGCUGAAGGUGAACGGCCUAUAUUUCACCAGCCGCCUCUCAAAGGCAUAUACGCCUCCGAGGGUUGGUUCAUGAAGCAGCUAAAGUCGUACAAGAAAUUCAUCACCAAAAAGCCUAAAAAGGCCCACCUCUUCUACAUGCCUUUCAGCACGCGUCAGUUAGAGGUCUCUCUCUACGUUCCUGACUCUCACAAUCGCAAGCCCUUGAUCAACACGCUAAGCAACUACCUCCAGACGAUCACCGCCAAAUACCCUUUCUGGAACAGAACUACCGGAUCCGAUCAUUUCCUUGUCGCCUGUCACGAUUGGGCGCCGGCUGAGACGAGGGAGAUCAUGAUGAACUGCAUCCGGUCCCUCUGCAACGCCGACGUGAAAGAAGGGUUCACGUUCGGCAAAGACACGUCCCUCCCCGAGACGUACAUCCAAACGCCUCAAAACCCGCUAAGACAGCUCGGGGGCCACCCCCCGUCCCAGAGGCGGAAUCUCGCCUUCUUCGCAGGCAACAUGCACGGCUACCUCCGGCCGAUCCUGCUGAAGCAGUGGCAGGGCAAGGACCCCGACAUGAAGAUAUUCGGGCAGAUACGCAAGAAGGCGAGGGGGCAGACGAGCUACGUGCAGUACAUGAAGAGCAGCAAGUACUGCAUCUGCGCACGAGGGUUUGAGGUGAACAGCCCCCGGGUGGUGGAGGCCAUCUUCUACGAGUGCGUGCCCGUGAUCAUCUCGGACAACUUUGUCCCCCCGUUCUUCGAGACGCUGAACUGGGAGUCGUUCGCGGUGUUCGUUCUCGAGAAGGAUAUACCGGACCUGAAGAGGAUACUCGAGUCGAUACCGAGGAAGAGGUACCUGGAGAUGCAGGGGAGGGUGAAGAAGGUGCAGCAGCAUUUUCUGUGGCAUCAAAGGCCAGUGAAGUAUGAUGUUUUUCAUAUGAUUUUGCAUUCUAUUUGGUAUAAUAGAGUGUUUCAGACUAAAUCUUAGUCAUUAUAAUUUAUUGUUUGUAGAUGUCUACACACAAGUUCUUUUGUUUUUUUUUUAAUUAUUUGUGUUCAUAGUGAUAGCAAGAAUGAAAAUUUGUAAAAAUAAAGGGUGAAUUGGUUGAUCAUAUCAACUCAUAAAGGUCAUAAAUUCUGUGUGUAAAUAGUUUGGAAGAUGAGUAUUCUCUCUCUCUUCUCUCUUUGCAUCA